AUGGAGACUGGAAGGUUGGUCUGGAUUUACCACAGAUGGGUGGUGGGGGGUCUUUUGGAGUUGUCUGCCACGUCUGAGCCGCUGUGUUUAUCUGAGCUUCAUGCCUCGGCGAAGAAGAUUGGUUGGAUUCCUACCAAAACCAACGGGCACUUGGCAAAAGGGGCCGAGGGCUCGUGCCGUGGAGCCGAGUCCCUCUCUUCAGAUGAAAAAGAAGUGGUGGCCAGCAGUGCGGAGGGAGAGGGCUCGGCCGAGGAGCACCCAGUGGGAGAGGGCAGUUCUGAGAACAGCUCCGACAGUAGCUCGGAGGAGGAGUCAGACGCGGAGGAGUCGGAUGGAAGGAGGUCGGAUGAAGAACAGGAGGAGAAGGAACCGCUACCGCACUGCAAUGAGUCAGGAGUGAACUGUCUGCCACCCUGUGAGCACUGCAAAAACAUAAAUGACCAGAAGGAGCAGGUGACCCCCAGGAGACUUGCUGGAGGACAACAUGUGGUGCAGCUGGACGCAGAGGGGACUUACCAGUGCAGCCUGACGGGCUUGAUUUUUGAGGUCACGGAGGCCGUCAAAAUCACAUAUUCCCUCUUAUCCUGGAGCAAAUACGCCAACCUUGUGGAAAAGCCGUGGAUCGUGGGCGGCCCCCUUUUCGAUGUGCACUGCGACUCGUCCCGCGCCCUCACCUCCAUCCAGUUUCCCCACUCCCUCUGCCUCGGUGAUCAUGGCGCUGACAUGGCCUUCAAGGUUCUGCACAUCAAAGGGGAGGGCGCAGCCAUCGAGCCCUCCGCCGACUACUCGGCCUCCCACGUGAAGUGGCUGGUGAGCUCCCUCUCGCCGGUGGGACCGCUCAUCCAGAGCCAGGAGCCGGUGCAGUACCACGGCGCCGUCAUCCUCUACAAAGUCGUUGACCAACAUCCCUCCUUAUCCUUCCGGGUCUACGUGGCUACGAACAAUGACUCCUUUAUAAAGGAUAUCUCAAGAGCCGUAAAACAUUCAAAUAAGAAAUUCAUUAAAAUUGACAAGCCCCCUGUAUGCCAAAAACUACUACAGAAAGGAAAGAGGUAUAGAUUAGUUUGUGAGCCAGAAGCUGAAAUAACUCCAGAGGAAAUUGAAUUUGUUGAUGGAUCUCUCUUGAAACUAAAAAGUUACAUUGAAGUCUAUUUGGAGAAACCCGAUGACUUCACCUUGUCUUUGGUUGAGCUGGAGUCUGAUGCGACCGUAUGGAAAGCAAAACUACGAGAGAGUGACUGGAUCCAUUAUGAUCAGAACAAAAAUGAGCAGAAAAGAAGUGCAGUGGGUGUCAAAAAACGGAAAACAGCACUCAGUAUUUUGGAAGAAGAUGAGCUCUGUAGCAAAAAGCAAAAGACCGGCAGUACUGCAGAUGGAAUUGGAACGAAAAACUUAACUGAUCAACAGCUGAUGGUGGUCGCAAAGCUGUUUGGUCGGCAGUGGAGAGAAAUUGCUAUUGAGUGUCUUCAGAUGGAAAUGAAGGACAUUGAGCAGAUCCAGGCAACGGAGGAAGAAGUUAAUAUGCAAAAAUUUCUGCUGUUAAGCAAGUGGAGAGACAGAGAAAAAACCAAUGGAACUGCAGAAGCCUUGUACAGAAGUCUCCAGGAAAAAGCACCCUAUGAGGUGCUGCAAGCUCUACAAGGUUUCUUGGAGCAAUGCUGAGCGGGUGAAGGUGGAGCUAGAAGGAGCGUGGUGGGACCGAAGCUUCUCCGGCUGCUUCCCCAGACUUCUCGCUGAGUUUCGGGAAGGAGGGUGGAAAGCACCUCCCCUCAGUGAACUGUGUAGGCAGGAUCUUCACAAGAAAUGUGAAUGAAAUUUGGCGCAGCUAUAAGCAUCCAUAAGGCUUUCAGGAGCAAUUCCUUACGCCGUGGAUCCCGGCAUCAUGGCAGGGGAAAGCCAGCACUGCCACCCAGCUUUGUCUCAUCUGAGCCAGUCCUAAAAGACAUGAACAAUGAAAAAAAAAAAAAAAAUUACCUUGUUCAGGUACAUGAUCAUUAUCUGGAAACCUUUUUAUUUACAUCAGGGAAAGACAGGGAGAAAAGUUAUGCAGAAACUUUCGUCCCCUUAAAAAAAAAAGAAAAUUGAACUGCCAAAAUCAUGAGGUACAUUGUAUUUCUUACAGAUGCCCAAGAUCAGGGAAGAAUAAUCCUUAACUUGCAGAUAAAUUUCUUUGCGUAAUCACUGUAUAUGUAAAUAAUUACUGUAUAUACUCAUGUACAUUCAGUCCUUGUUAAGCUGUAGUUCUCUUUUCUAGAAACCCAAAGACUGGUUUCAUGGGAGUACCACUAUUAACUCCAGGCAGCUUUGAAUUUUCCCUGGGAAUUUCUUUUUCACUCUUUUCUGUAUAGUCUGUCUCAAUUUUUAUGAGAUAAUUUUUUGUGUUGUAUAAUUUUUUUUGUAUUAUAUUAUAAACUUUUUAUACUUUUUUUUUUCACUUGAUUAAUUUGAACUUGAAUAGAAUUAGGUGCUUAAACAAAAAUGGGAGAAGCAAAAAUCUCUGCGAAGGCUGUUAUUCUCUCGGCAGUGCACGUACAACGGAAUUGGAAAAGGUUUGGAAAUAAUGGUGUUUGUUGAAGAGAGCAGUGACCCGAUAGAGGAGAUUGUCUUGUUUUUAAAGACAUGGGAUUCUUUUGAUCAUCUUCCUCUGCAUAUGCAUACUUUUUAAAAAAUAAGGACUAAAAAGGAAACAUUUACACUAUUUACAUAUGAUUUUUCAUCUUUUAAAAUUUGAUUUUAGCUAUUGGAUGAAAUGUUGCAAGGUUGCAAUGUUGUGGACCAUCUCCAACUAUCACUGCUCCGCUGCUACGUACAUCCCCAAGGGUGGCUGAGGAAAAGGGCUGUGUUGGUGCCCAGGACCUCACUGUCUCUUCUGUCAAGGGGGCUUUUAGGGGAAAAAAACACUGGAAGGCAGCACCAGAAAUCAGUAAAUCUAAGCUGGAAAUAAGAUGCUUAUUUGUAAUAAUGAGGGUAUCUGGAUAUCAUAGCGAACGGUCAAAAGAGAUGAUAAGGCCUUCAACCUUCAGGUUCUUUAAAUCAAAAUAAAGAAGCCUUUUUAGAAAAGAA